AUGACGACGAGAAAGCGCACCGCAGACGACGCUGAGAAGGAGACAUCGUCGGCCUCGGGUCGAAGCUCCCGAAUGUCCAGUGUCAGCGCCGGCAGCAGCAGUGCUUCGCACAUGUACAAUGGAAGGGUUGUUCUGACGACGUAUCCCGGGCAGAGCGUGGUCAACCCGCUGAACCUCGUCUGGGGCGCGGCCGAUCCCCAGGAGCGAGGUCCGGUGGUAGUGUCUCGCGGUCGGUCGACGUUCAAAUACCGCAACGCCAUCGGGGCCCACGGAGGAUCCUAUGCCAUCUACAACGCCCUCGCGGUGGCGUCGGGGAACUUGGCCCCGGACUUCCGCCCCGACUUCACCAACACGCAGCCCACGUUCGACUUCCCGCCGCAGAAGGCGUGGGCCGACAAGCACAAAAUCGUGUCCAUGGACCCGUUUGGGCACGACGUCGUCAAACACUUCGGCAAGCAGCUCGACGAAGGCAUCGACAUCCGACCCACCAUCGCCGUGACCAGAGCGACCAUGCGCGUCUCAGAGAUAUCCGAGUCCCUCCGGCACGGCCGGCUGGCCGUGGACGGGAACAUCGUCCUCAAUGAAUCUGGCGACGUCCGCGUGACAAAGGUUGCGGUCGAGCCCGUGUGGUAUCUGCCCGGGGUGGCCGAACGGUUCGGGGUGGACGAGACGAUCCUGAGACGGGCUCUCUUCGAGCACACGGGCGGGAGCCAUUCCGAACUCAUCACGCGGACCGACUUGAACGUUUUCCUCCCGCCCAUCGGCGGCUUGACGGUGUACAUCUUUGGACCUCCGCAGAGGGUCUCGGAUCCAAACGUAAGACUGGCGCUCCGCAUACACGACGAGUGCAACGGGUCCGACGUUUUCCAGUCCGACAUCUGCACCUGCAGACCGUACCUGGCGUUCGGCAUCGAGGAGGCCAUCAAAGAGGCACAGGCCGGCGGAUCAGGAGUGGUGAUCUAUUUCCGCAAAGAAGGCCGUGCCCUGGGCGAAGUCGUCAAGUAUCUGGUCUACAACGCGAGGAAACGAGGUGGCGACACGGCCGACAAAUACUUUGAACGCACCGAGAACAUUGCAGGAGUGCGCGAUAUGAGAUUCCAAGCCCUCAUGCCAGACAUCCUGCAUUGGCUGGGUAUCACGAAGAUCGACCGAAUGCUCUCCAUGUCCAACAUGAAAUACGACGCAAUCGUCGAACAAGGUAUCCCCAUUCUCGAAAGGGUGCCGAUUCCAGACCACAUGAUUCCUGCAGACUCCCGAGUCGAGAUCGACGCCAAGAUCAACGCAGGAUAUUUCACCGGCGGUGCCACCAUCACCGAGCAGGAAUUGAAGGGUGUUCAAGGGAGAGGCUGGGUAGGCUGGGAGGACGCAGUGCACUAA